AUGGCCAGCAGCGUCCUCCAGAACGUCCUCGGCGUCCCCGCUACUUGCGUCCACCAGAACGUGGUCCGCCAGUGUCGGCUGUCCUUUUCCUGCUGGCUCGAGGGUGGCCGCCAUGUUGCCGGUUGUGGCGACAGCCGAUGGCUGUUCUCCUGUUGCGUCAAGGACGGUGACCUCAUAACAUCCGCUUCGAUGCCAGCUCCAGCAUCGAUGAUGUCCAUCAACUCCAAGCUGGCUUACGCGGCUGCCGUUCCCAAGUCUAAGGGGUCCAUGAUGAUGAUGAUGGGGCCACCACCUCCAGGCAUGGGAUGGGAUCAUAUGCCGCCACCGUUUCCCAAGGGAAUGCCCUACUCGGCGGCCAUGGGCCACAGCAAGAAUAACUUCUUCAAGCGCAGGUCCGAUCAAGUGGGGGCUUUGAGUGAAUGCGGCAUCGCUCGAACCCCACAGAACACCCUCCAGAAGCGCAUCAUUGGCGGUCGGACGGCUAACUUUGCCGAGUACCCAUGGCAGGCCCACAUCCGGAUCGCCGAGUACCAGUGCGGUGGCGUCCUCGUGUCGCGGAUGUUCGUGGCCACGGCCGCCCACUGCAUUCAGCAGGCCCGUCUCAAAGACAUCACGAUCUACCUGGGUGAGCUAGACACGCAAAAUUCAGGCAAAAUCGCUGAGCCCCUGCCGGCGGAGAAGCACCGAGCUGAGCUGAAGAUUGUUCACCCCAAGUUCCUGUUCCGAAUGACGCAACCGGAUCGGUACGAUCUGGCACUGCUCAAGCUGACGCGGCCUGCCGGCUACAAGACGCACAUCUUGCCGAUUUGUUUGCCCGUGCGGCCGCUGGAGCUGGUGGGGAAGAAGGGCAUCAUCGCCGGGUGGGGCAAAACCGAUGCCAACAUGGGACAAACGGGGACGAACAUCCUGAGGACGGCGGCGGUGCCGAUUAUAAGUACAAAGGAGUGUCUUCGGUGGCAUAAAAGCAAGCAGAUCAGUGUUGAACUGUUCAACGAAAUGUUCUGCGCAGGGCACUCUGACGGCCAUCAGGAUGCGUGCUUGGGUGACUCGGGCGGUCCGCUGAUCAUCAACGACCGGGGCCGGUUCACGCUGAUCGGCAUCACGAGCGCCGGGUUCGGCUGUGGGGUGGACCACCAGCCGGGAAUCUACCACAACAUCCAGAAGACGGCCAAGUGGAUCCAGAACAUGAUCCUGACGGCGAGUUGAGCGCGACGGAGAUUUUUGGACA